UCGGUUUGGUCCGACACCGACGGUGCAUUUUAAUAUCUGAACACACCCGCCUCACAGUAUUUUUAUUUCUCAUCAGCAAGUGUGGUUUAUGAAUAUAGAUGUUUUAAUCUCUCAAACAUGUCAAUAGGCUAGUAUUUUAGAUCUGACCAAAUUUUUUAAUAAUUCUUAAGCAAUAUCAAAAUCAAGAAAUAUGCAGAAAUUUAUGGACUUAACAGUUAUUGAUGUAAAGUCUCCGGAUUGUAUAUUGGUCCGAGAAGCACCAAGUGCCUCUCCUUCGCAGAAUGUCGAAACAUUCAAAGAAAUGUCUCGAGAGAUGAAUGACUAUUUCAAUGACCAGUACUUGGUCUUUGAUGUUCAUUUUCCAAAGAACAACGAGAUCUGUGCUGCCCUCAUUAACAAGCAUGGGAGAUGGCACCGUGUGCGAAUCAAACAAAUACUUUCUUCUCUUCGUGGACCGAAAGUUAGCUGCUUCUUGCUGGACACUGGCAAAGUGGAGACAAUACAGGUCCAAAACAUCCGGCAAAUUCCACUCAAAUUUCUUGAAGUGCCAUUCCAAGCGAAGACUUUUGUCUUACUGGGUGUACAGCCUCUGACUCUCAGUAUCAAUUCUGAUAUACAGGCUGUGCAAAGGCCUUGCAAAGUAUGGGAUAAAUCUGUAACAACAUUUAUCAGGGAUUUAUUUAGGGAGGCCAGCAUGAUCCAAGCUAUUGUGAAGACUGAAAAAGCAUCUCGUCUUUUUGGUCACAUGUACCUGAAGAUACCUGGCAAGGAGUUUCUUGUUUCCUUGAAUGAUCGUCUUGUACAGGAGAAAUAUGCGAUCUUUGGAUCUGGUCACAUCUCGAAUUUAUCUGAAGAAGAGCCAGAACAGAAUUGUGUGUCUUCUUCUGAAGAUAUGAACAGCAGCAAAGUACGUGAUAGUCUCUCUCCAAUACCUUUGAAGAAUUGUCGCAGUAAAGAAUCUACCAAAUAUUAUGGCUCAUUUCUGCCCGAUUCUUUAUCUCCUGAGGAAGUCAUUGAAAGAAAGAAGCCCGAAAGAUUACCGAAAGGUGUGUGUAACUCCCAUCGAUCAUCAUCCAGGAUGAGACGAGUCUCUACGUGUUCUGAUAGUGACUCAUCACCUUCCAUUUGCACCAGAAGGGGUUACAUGCAAUAUUUGGAGAAAGUUAAAAGCCAGCGCCAGAAGCACAAGUCUCUGGAAUCGAUAUUACAAAGAGGAGAUGGAGAGGGCGACAAAGAGAAUACUGAUGGCAGUUCAAGUCCACCCUUGGCUGAAAGUGCUCCUCAACUUCCACAGCUUGAAGACAUCCCAAAAGAGUCUCCAGGCAUUUUGAGAAGUACUAAGAAGCCUCAUAGAAAGAGUCAUCUUGGUAGUAGAGAAAAUAUCGAUAUGGCAACGCCUGUUACUUUGGCAGGAAGAGGACGGGGGCAAGGAAAAGGAAGAGGAAAACUACUUAACUGGGGCCUGACUGCCUGUAAUAACAACAAAGAUUCUCAUUCAGAAGUAUCUUGCUUGAGAAAAUCGAAAAUGGUUACACCAGUCACUCAUCAAGACGUUUCAAAUCAGAAGGUCAAUCAGCAGUUACAUAACACCAGUGGUCAGUCAUCAUCAGACCGUAGCAGAAUUGGGAAAGCUAAUAAGUCCUUAUCGUCAAAGAAGUGGAACAGUUCUGCAAGGAAUUCCCAGAGAUCUUGUUCCAGUGAUUACAAUAAUGGGGAUAGUUUGGAUGAUGAAGAAAUAAUUAGGGGACAGUCUGUGAUUGGAGAUGUAUUGCCAUCAGGUAGCAGGAUUCAGAGGAUUAAUAAGAUUUUAGGCAACCAUAAUAAAAUCUCAUCAAAUGAUCAUCAAUUAAGGUCCAUUCCGACUUUGGAGGAAAUUUCUUCGGAAGGGUCGCUUUCUACAGAGGAAAUCUACCAACCGCCACUCAAUGACAGUGGCAAGCAUGCUCCAAAGAAUUCUUCAAAUUUCUCUCUCUACCGUAGCUCUGAAGUAUUUUCCAGCUCAGAGAGUUACCCUGCUUCCCGGAAUAAAAACAGUGACAAUGAAAGUAAUAAUGACAGCAGAAACAACAACAGACAUGGACUUUUUUACAGGCAUUGUGAUCAGGAAGAUGAUAAUAAUGAAUUAGAUCUGAUCCUCAGUCACUUAAGAUCAGUAAGAAAGACAUCCAAUGCUUCCUCAUGGCAUAGUCCAGCUGAGACUGAAACUACAGGUUGUAGUGCAAAGACUACAAUAGAAAACACAAGUCCACAAUCAUUAGCAUCAUCAUCAUCAUCAGCAUCAUCAUUGUUAUCAUCUAACUGUAAAAUUCAGUUCAAUCACUCAACUUCAUCACCACAAUCAAAAUGGAUCUUACCAGUGAGAAGCAGUGACUCCAAAUGCUCAGAAUCUGAACUUGAUAAACACCAAAGAAAUUCAGAGGUGCCAGAAGAAAUAUCUAAGCUUAGCAUUGGCAAACGUCUCCAUAGCAGAUCUUCUAACCAAAGUGAUGUUUUCCUCAAGAAGUAAUUUCCCUUUUCAUUUACAUAUCUAAAUUUCCAUAAUGAGUAACUCCAGUGUAAUGUUAGAAUUUCCAGACUUUCGACCUUGUCUUUCAGAAUUCUCUGUUCCACACAUGUGAGUGGCCAUAUGUCUGUGGCAAAAGUCAAAAUACAUUUAGGGGUCAUUGGUCUUCCCUACCUAGUUUUAAGUACCCUAAGGUGGUACUGUUUAGUUUUUUGAACAGUUAUAACUGCACUGAAAAUUUUGAGUUUUUUAAAAAUUUUCAUUAGAUCACACACACACACACACACACACACUCUGAAACAAAAACUGAUAAAUACCUAGAUAUCUGGUUCUUCAGAAAUGUUAUUUUGUUUUAAAAUAUGAUGUUUGUCAUAAGUUGUUAUACAAUAACUAUUGAACUGAUUAUUGGAAUCAAUAACCAAUUAAUUUUGCUUUAGAACAAUAACAUAUUUUAAUUUCAGAAGCAUGAGUCGGAUACAUUAGAAUAAUGCAGAAACGUGUGGUUUACUUUACCCUGUCCUGUAUAUCAUAUGUGGUACACAAGACAUAUUUUCUUGUUGUUCAUAGAGAUUUCCAUUUUAAUUUCAACCACCAGAGUAACUUGGACCUUAUGAAAGGAAAUCUUUAUAUUACUCAGUGUAUGAAAACAAGGUCUUUUGAAAACGAGCAUGGAUGUUUAGGACAAAUUUAUGAAAAUGAUUUAGAUGGGUUAAGGGUUAAGAAAAUCUAUCUACUUUAGUACUUGAUUCCAUUUCAAUGAUAAUGAGGGUUUCAAAAAUGAUCCACCAUCCUAUAGAAGGAUUGAUAAACUGUCUUGGUCCAAACAAUGUUGAUGAGUACAUGUUCAAUUAACAAUGCGCCCCCCAUGUCAGACAAUAUUAUAUACCAUAAUUGAGCAUCAGUCAAACAUCACUGCUCAUUUCGAAAGGUUUAAAUUUAUGCAAAUUUAGCUUCAAUUUCAUACAAGCAUGAAAUAAAGACAGAUUCAAUCUCAGUUUAAUUCUAUGAAGAAAUGAUCAGGCAAACACCACUGCAUUUUUUUUUUUUUUGAAAGAUUUAAAUUUACAUAAUUUUCAUCCUUUGGUUCAUACAAAGACUAAAUGAAUGAGUUAACCCUUUCGUUACCUCAUUUCUGUUGAAGUACACGGACUUUGUUUCAGUUAAUUUUGAAAAGUGUGAAGAAUUUAUUGAAAUAAUUUCGUUGUUAUUAAGCUGGUGUUUGGAACAUUAAUUAAGAUGAAGUUUUCAUGGAGGAAGUUUUUAAUUUAGAUUGCUUUAAAACAAGUAGUGUGUAUCGUUUGAAUUGAGGGAGAUUUUGGUUGAAUUUGUUAUGAAAAUAAUUAAGUUGGUAUUUGGAACAUAACAUGAAGUUUUGUUGGAAGCUAUUAAUCUAAAUCACUUUAACCAUUUUUGUUACCAUAUUCCUGCUGAAAUGCACUGUGUUUAUUUCAAUUAAUUUUGAUAAUGAAGCAUUUAGUAAAAUAACCUUAUUAUUAAGCUAAUGUUUGGAACAAAUUAAUAUGACGUUUUGUUGGAAGUGUUUAACUUAAAGUAAUUGCUCAAAAACAUAGAACUAGAGAUGAUCUUUGAUAGGUUGGCAUAAAAAAUGGCUAACCUGGUGUUUGGAAUAUAAACUAACAUGCAAUUUUGGUGAUAGACUUUAAAUCAGGAAGUUUGCAUCAUAGAACCAGAGAUGGUAUCAAAAAAGGUUAACUGAUUACCAGGUGGUAUUAUGGGGAACAUAUUGUGAAUUACCUCCAAAAUCUCCUGAAUCAACUGUUCCUGAUUUCUUCAUGUAAAGAUAUCAUAAAAAUAGAAUCUACCAACAUGGGUUCACCAUCAUCCAGGAAUUGUGGGCUACAAUCAUAGGCUGAUUUCCUAACUUGAAAGUUGACAUAUGUCUCAAGACCUUCCAAUUGAUUACUUGAAAGUUACCUGUUUGACAAUCAAAGUAGCAUAUUUUCAUUUAAUGAUUUUUUUUUUAAAUAAAGUAUUUCUAGUA